AUGGACGACUGGAAAGAAGCGAACACGCAUCUGCGCAUCCUUCGCGAUGCCGAAGCCGGCGGGUACGGCGUGAUGGCUACAAUCUCAUACAACAUCGAGCAAGUCAAAGGAAUGAUAAGAGCCGCGGAGAUCGCGCGCUCUCCCCUGAUCCUCCAAUUCUUCCCAUGGGUGAUUACAACCUAUGAUGGUAUGUUGGUGCGUGCGGCUGCCGAAGAGGCCAAACGUGCCAGUGUCCCAAUAUCUAUCCAUCUCGACCACGCGCAAUCUGAGGAACUCAUCGAGCGCGCUGCUGAGUUACCGUUCGACAGCAUUAUGGUAGAUAUGUCGCAUCAUGAGAAGGAAGACAACCUCCGCAAAACGAGGCAUUGGGUGCGACAUUGCAAUGAGCGACAUAUUGUCACUGAAGCGGAGCCGGGUCGGAUUGAGGGUGGUGAGGACGGUGUGAUGGAUACAGCUGGACUGGAGGCUCGUUUUACCACCGCAGAGGAAGUCGAUGAGUUUGCUGCGACAGGUGUUGACACCCUGGCUCCGUCUUUUGGUAACGUACACGGUGAAUAUGGUCCACAGGGGCCAAGGUUGGAUUUUGAGAGCAUAAGGUUUGCGAAGGUUCGAGAACGCGCGAAUGGCAGAGUGCGGUUGGCGGUGCACGGAACGAAUGGGUUUUCACCUGAGCUGAUGAAGCAAUGCGUUGCUGCUGGAUGCUGCAAGAUCAAUGUCAACAGGUGUGUCCUAGACGACUACUACGAGCAUCUUCGCGCGAACGCUGGGAAAAUGCCGCAUACUCAGUUAAUAGAAGAGGGUAUGGAAAAGGUGACCCAGGCGACGAUAAAAUGGAUGGAGAUCAUCGGUUCCGUGGGCAGAGCAUAA